CUCAGAGAGAGAGAGAGAGAGAGAGAGAGAUGGCUCUGAGGUAUCGUCGUGUGAAGGAAAUCGCAAGGUUUCUAUCACCCGUUGUCUACCCAGGGGAUUGUUAUCAUCAAUCUGGCAAAGCUUUAAAGUUAUUGGCAUUGUCUAUAAUGCCAAUACCUUCUGCUCCAAAGUCAGUUGCUAAUUGGACUCCAGUGAGAGGGUUUCAUGAACAUAGGUUUUCAACAAUGGCUGAUGUAUCGCAUGAACCUGCCUCUGAAAUUGAUCUUUUGUCUUUCAUUAAAGCUUCGCUGGAUGAGUUUGAAGGCACCCAUCAUUAUUGGUUAAAUAGAUCACACAAAAAUAAACAACUUUUCAGGGCUGAAGGGAUCUUUUUGGUUCUUGCUGCCAGAAUUUUUGACCACUGCAUUAUGUUUGAAAAAUUGAAGACAAUUCAGAAGAGGUUCCCUAAUAUUAUUAUUAUGGGCCUAAAAGCAAUUCACACUCCUGCUGACGGAAUGCAGCUUAUCCAGUUACUGAUGACAGAAAAUAUAACAUUCCCCAUUUUGUUGUCUCAGCGGACAUUUUCUGAGAUAGAGGAAGGUGCGUGCUACAUAUUGUUUAGAAAUUUUAGGAGCCCAGUAAUUUUUAAUGAGAAGGACACGGAUCUUGAAGUUCUAUCCCAAGCUGUUCAGGAGUUACAGAUGCAUCUAAGUGGUGAUUCUAAGUUGCAUAAUGUCUUGAGAUGUACAUCUUUGAAGCAAGAUGGGGUCACUAAGGAUCAAUAUAUUUGUUCUCCUCUUCAGAAUUUACUUUUAUAUUACCCAGGUUGCGUCUCUGCAGAUGAAAGUUCAAACCGCCUCUUUUUUUCUGAUUGCAAUCAUCAUAGGAUUAUUGUAUCUUGUGGCAAUGGAGAGGUUCUUGACUGUAUUGGCUCUUCCCCCGGAUUUGAGGAUGGAGAUUUUGAAUCUUGUAAAUUAAGGCGUCCUGCAGGUUCUUAUUACCAUGCUACUGAGGAUUGCCUAUAUUUUGUCGAUUCAGAGAACCAUGCUAUCAGGAAAGCUGACAUGGAAGCACGAACAGUGGAGACACUUUAUCCUACCACUGCCUCAGGCAAAGAAGGUGUUCGCAUAUGGAAUUGGAUCAUGAGUAAGCUUGGCCUAGAAAGUACUAAGGAGAGCAAUGUUGAGGAAAGAUCUGAAGUAUUUGAUUCUAAAUUGUAUUUCCCAUGGCAUCUGUUAAAAUCAGUUGAUGACACUCUUUACAUUAUAGAUCACAGGUUUCAAACAUUAUGGACCAUGGAUUUUGGUUCUGGAAAGAUAGACGAAGUUUUUGAAGGUUCUCCUAGGAUUCUCGAGGUUUGUGGACAGAGAAUCAUGAAAAAGUUAUCCGUCUUGGAUCGGAUUCCCUGUGAUUGGUUUGAACAGCAAACUAAUAUUGGCUGUUUGGUGGAGGGCCUCCCACGUUAUGAUCUUUUAUCUUCAGUGACAACCUUGCAGAAGAACAUUUUCAUUUGUGAUAUAGUUGGACAGAGGAUUCUGAAGGUCAAUGCAGAAUCUGGGGUUUGUUUAAACUUCCAGUUAUCUAAGUUGGGGAUACUUGGUUUACCUUAUUGGUUGGAUUCCCCUCUGGAGACAUUUUAUGCUGUUGGAAGUGAGCUUUCGGGUACACCAAUUGAUCAUCUGCAGCAUUUUGAUUUGCUACCAGGCAGGAUUGACAUACAGUUGAAUGUGGAUGUUCCUAUGGAUAUCGAGCUUGUAGAGCCAUUACAAGAAUCCUGUAUAUGGCGUCAAGCAAGAGGUGCAGCUACUGAAAUUUCUGGAAUGGAUGAUGUUCCGGGAUCCUUAGAUAAGGUUGGCAUUGCACAACAGUGGUACGAUGAAUUGGAUUAUCUUGCCUCUACACAACUUGGAUCUGAAACGACUGUUGAAGAUGAUAAUAUGGAUAAAAAUUUAGUGGUGGAUGAUGAGAAAGUUCGCAGUAGCUGUGUUGUCUGUACUAGUCCUGGAACAAGUGAGGUUAUUAUUUACGCUGCAAUGUAUUUUAAACUUAGAAAAGUCCCAAACAUAGAUGAAGGCAACCGGGAGAAACAAGCAGCAAGGAUACUUGAUAUUAUGAGCUCUAAGAGAACUGGGAAAACAGAGAGAGAUUUAUGGAAUGCAUUUUUGUUGCAAUUUAAGGGUGAUUUGAGAGAGCUUAUUUUCAUGAAACCACUUCACAUCAGAUUAAAAUUAAAUAAUCUUGAUCAUCCAAAGGCUGAUAAUGGAAGGGAUAUUUUCUUGACGGACUCAUCAAUUGCGGUGAACGUAUUGCUCAAGUGACUAUAGGUUGAGGUGCACAACUGCAAAUAUUUUUCCAUGUCCCUUGUUGUAUUGUUUUGACAGUAUUCACUAUUUAGUACCCUUCCGUAGCAUUGCUAUUUACAGGAGUACUUGCUGGAAAAUGGUCAUCUAAUUAUCAGAUAUAUUUUAUGGGAAAUAUAGCUAUGUUGUUGCUGGAAAAUAAAAAAUUCUGCAGCAAGGAUAUGUUAGUGGAUCCUUAUUUAUUUUUAUUUUUUAAAAAAAUCUAGUGGGUCUCACUUUUUGUGUCUGUUGUAAAAAAUCUUAUCUGCAGUGACGGCAGAAAAAAGGGAUCCAUAUUAUAUUCGUUUUAAAUUUCAUUCGAUGUGU